GAUUCGAACCGAACGCCGAAGAUAUGUCACUUCUGGGCGGGAAACAAUUUCUAAAUCACUUGUUCGUUUAGGAAAAAAGAAAACAGAUGUUACUCCUAUUAUUUUUGGUCUUCGUUGCAACCGUUAAGGUAUUCAAGAAGACCACUCCUAAUGGCAAAAUUACGGUAUAUCUGGGCAAGAGAGACUUCAUCGACCAUCUAGAUUACACUGAUCCCAUCGACGGCGUUAUCGUCGUGGAGAAUGAUUACCUUCAGGGGCGCAAGAUCUUCGGUCAGGUCUCGACAACCUACCGAUAUGGUCGUGAGGAAGACGAAGUUAUGGGAAUUAAAUUCAGCAAGGAGCUGGUACUAUGUCGCGAACAGAUAGUACCGCAGAAAAAGGAGAAGCUGGAGACUACGCCAAUUCAGGAUCGAUUGCUGAAGCGUCUGAGUUCGAAUACAUCUGAAUCGGCAUAUUCGUUCAUGUUCAAUUUUCCACAGUCGGCUCCUUGUUCGGUCACCCUCCAACCCGGCGACGAUGAUCAAGGAAAACCCCUUGGAGUCGAAUAUGCCGUGAAAAUAUUCGUUGGCGACAACGAAGAGGAGAAGGGACACAAAAGAUCCUCCGUAUCGUUGGCCAUCAAAAAGUUGCAGUACGCCCCACCGAUGCGAGGUCGUCGACUUCCUAGUUCUUUGAUUUCCAAGGGUUUCACCUUCUCCCAAGGUAAACUGUCUCUGGAAGUCACACUGGACAGAGAGAUAUACUAUCAUGGCGAGAAAGUUGCGGCAAAUAUCACAAUUACGAACAAUUCACGAAAGGCAGUGAAGAACAUCAAGAUAUUCGUGGUUCAACAUUGCGAAGUGACCAUGGUAAACACCCAAUUUUCGCGACACGUAGCUAGUUUGGAAACUCGCGAGGGUUGUCCGAUCACACCGGGCGCAUCCUUUACGAAACAAUUUUAUCUUGUGCCUUUGGCCAGCAGCAACAAGGAUCGGCGUGGCAUCGCUCUCGACGGACAUCUUAAAGAUGACGAUGUAAAUUUAGCAUCCUCAACUUUGAUAGCCGAGGGCAAGUGCCCAACUGAAAAUUUGGGUAUCGUGAUCUCUUAUUCGGUCCGAGUCAAAUUAAAUUGCGGUACUCUGGGUGGCGAGCUGGUUACCGAUGUUCCAUUCAAACUGAUGCAUCCGACUCCUGGUGCCAUUGAAAAAGAAAAUGCUGGAUUGAAGAAAAGUAAAAGCAUCGACAAGGAACGGUACAAGAACAUGUGUUAUUCCCACGACGAUGAUGAUAAUAUCAUAUUUGAAGAUUUUGCUCGUUUACGCUUAAACGAACCAGAGUAAAUCUGAGAGAAAAAGAUAAAAAAAUCAGCGCUUUUUAUUUUGCACUGAUUACUGAUUCUUCAAAAGACUCUUGAGUUUUCUGCUUAUGGUGGAUUAUCUUUUUGAUAUUUAAAAUCAAGAUAUUAAAUUUACAACGAGUUAUUACGUAUAAUUUGAAAACAUACACAAAAACUUAAAAUUAAAAUAUUUUAAAUCAUUUAUUUAAAGUUUAUAUCUCUUUGGAUCUCAUUGGAUUCUUUUGAUGUGAUUUUUAUCCAACGAGCUGCUCAAGUGAAUGUAGGUAAAAAAAACCCAUAAUAUUAUAUUAUUAAAAUUUAAUUAUAUAAUAUUAUGGAAUUAUUACUGAAAAAAAAAGAACAAAAAGACACAAAAAAGCGAAAAAAUAACUAAACAAAAAGAAACAUCUUGGAAUUUCUGUGCAAUGGUGGUGGUUGGACAGAAAUUCGUUGCGAGAUGAAUAAAAAAAGCCAAGUCUAAUAAUUUGUGUUUAGUUAAGUUUAAGAGUUUCCCGUCUUACCAGAAGUAACAUAGUAUAUUAUUCAUCUCAAUUAAUUUUUUUUAUGUUUUAAAAAAUGUAAAACAGUACUGUACUGUAAAACAGUACUAAUAAGUCCACAUUUAAUUAUUUAUUUAACAAGAACUGUUGAUUUUGAUGGUACUGUUCGGUUGCAAUUACAUUAGAAAAUACAUAUGGAACUGUAAAAACGCA